AUGGAUGCCAACCUGCCCGGCACCUUUCUGCUCAACGGCCCCUCGCUGGGCGCCUUCCCCGAGGCCAAGGCGCCCGUUUGCCAGUACUCAGUGCAGAGCUCCUUCUACAAGCUGGCGGCGCCCGGGCUGGGCGCCCAGCUGGCGGCCGGCACCCCGCACGGCAUCUCCGACAUCCUCGGGCGGCCCGCGGCGGCGCCGAGCGGCGCGCUCCUCCCCGGCUACCCGCACGCGGGCGGAUUUAACGGACUGAGCUCCCCGGGCGUCUAUUACGGGCCCCAGGUGGGCGCCCUGCCCAAGGCCGGCGGCGAGUACCUGCCGCGGGGCCGGAGCUGCUGGGCGGAGGCGGCCCCGGAGUGGCGGGGCGGCCGGCAGUGCGGCGGCCCCCCUGCUCACUUGGCUGACAGCAUCCACAAGAAGAAGCACACGCGCCCAACCUUCACGGGACACCAGAUCUUUGCUCUGGAGAAGACUUUCGAGCAGACCAAGUACCUGGCGGGUCCGGAGAGAGCGCGGCUGGCCUACUCCCUUGGCAUGACUGAGUCUCAGGUGAAGGUCUGGUUCCAGAACCGACGGACCAAAUGGAGGAAGAAGAGCGCCCUGGAGCCCUCCUCAUCCUCGCAGCGGGCGGGGGGCUCUGGCGGAGAGCGGGCGGCCUCCGAGACCGAGGACGAUGAGUACAACAAGCCCCUGGACCCCGACUCGGAUGACGAGAAGAUCCGGCUGCUGCUGAGGAAGCACCGUGCAGCCUUCUCCAUGCUGGGCUUGGGCACGCACAGCGGCUGAGCGCCAGCACAGCCUGCCCCUCUGGCCCGGGGUGACCCCCCUCACCAGCAGCUGGGGGGUGUGGGGUGGCAGCUGGAUGGGGGGCACGGCUGGCAGGGCUGGGAGCAGCACACGUGGUAGUGUCAGGUGCAGCGUUGAUGAAAUAAAGGUCCCCGUCGAGUCCCAGCACUUGUUUCGUGGUCCAGGGUGGCCUUGUGAGGCUGGGCUAGAGAAGGGUUGGGGAUAGGAUGGAUGGGGCAGGGUCUGCAUGCCCGGCAGGGGAAGGGGCCACGCUGUGGUGCUGCAUGUGGGACAGGAAGUGCCCCACAGAAGCAGGGGAGCCCUGGAGAUUUUCCCAGGGUUUUCUCUGCUUUGGGCGUGUACCAGCAGCAAGAGCUGCUGGUUCAAAAGUCACUCACUGGGGCCUCUUAUUGGAAGCUCUUAGCAGCAAAUAAAUAUCAUUUAUCUUAA